AUGAGCCUGAGAUUGCAAAGCCCUUUUCUUGGUACUCCUCUUCUUCUUCAUGGUUCCUCAAAUCGCGGAGACAACAUAAUUAAAUGGCAGACACAAAAGCGGAGAAGAGCAUUCCGCAGCAAUCGUAUUUGCUCCGAGAAGAAGAAUGAUUGGUUAGCGCAAGUGGCGAAAUUUUCUCGGUUUUGUGGGAAAAAUGUAGAGCUUUUGAGGAAGACUCUUGAUUCUAGAAGUAGAUUUGAGGUUAAAUGUUUGAAAGAGCCUCUUGUACGAAGCAGGGGUUUGGUUAGGUCUUUGGCUCCUGUGUGGGAAGAGGGUUUGUUUUUUCUGAGGUGUUCUGUAUUCUUUGCUGUCAUCUCUGGUGUUUGUUUAUUGGUGUGGUAUGGACAGAACAAGGCUCGUGCUUUUGUCGAGACCAAGCUUUUGCCAUCGGUUUGCUCUAUGCUUAGUGAGAGUAUCCAGCGUGAGGUUGAUUUAGGAAAGGUUAGAAGAGUUUCACCAUUGUGCAUAACUCUUGAAGCGUCCUCCACGGGGCCUCAUGGUGAAGAAUUCUCGUGUGGUGAGGUUCCGACUAUGAAACUCUGUGUCCGUCCUUUUGCCAGUUUGAGGAGGGGAAAGAUAGUGGUUGAUGCGAUUCUGAGUAAUCCAACAGUCUUGGUUGCACAGAAGAAGGAUUUUACAUGGUUAGGGAUACCUUUUUCUGAAGCUAGUUUGCCGAGUCAUUUGUCUUCUGAAGAAGGGAUUGAUUUUCGUACCAAAACUCGAAGAAUUUCAAGGGAGGAAGCAGGGAUCCGUUGGGAUAAUGAACGGGAUAAUGAUGCAAGAAAAGCUGCGGAGAUGGGAUAUGUUGUUCCUUGUAAAAGUCCUUCUCAAGUUAAAGAUGAUGCUCUGAAGCAUGAUAGGCAAUUUACCGAAACAGCAAAUAUCAACUCGUUUAUUUGCAUGGAUGAGAAUAUGCAUUCAGCAGAUCAGCAUUGCAUGGACACAGGAGUUGAGUAUGACGUGAAGCAUGCUGAAUUGGAGAAAUCAUUUGGCAUAAAGAUCCCUGGUUCAGGGCUCAAGUUCUUGUCCAAAAUGUUAAAGGGCCCGACGAAGUACAGAUUUAAGUGGAGUUCGAAAUCUCACAAUAAUUCAAUGUCUGAUAUUAGUGCUAAGAAGCGGAUUCUUGAGCGCAGUGCUUCAGCAGCUUUAUCUUAUUUCCACCGCCUAUCAGAAAAAAAGUCUGACGAGUUGAGCUUGGAUAUGCUUUUAGUCAAAGGUGAGACAGAAAUCAGUAAUCAAUAUGACCUGUAUGGUGAGCAAUCACUAGGUAAUGAUGUAAAUGGGGGAAAAGGGCUCCUAGCUGUCAAAAAGGCUACAACGUUAGACAAGUUCACUGUAUCAUGUGAUCCAUUCCUUAUGACUGUUGAUAGACUCUGUGCACUCAUACAAACUGAAGCAAGCUCAUAUGUUGAGGAUAUUGUGAAUUCUACCAAAUCCGAGACUUUAAGCUGUCAGAGAGGGGAUAUAUCUAUGAAUGUUGUGAAUCAGAAUGCUGGUGAUGUUCCACAUGGUAAUCGAAGUGGUAAUCAACCACGUGACUUUAGUUUCAAAAAGCAUAAGAAUCAGCCUGUAGCAAAUCAUGGGCGUCCUACAUGGCCAUGGAACAUAAGAUUGAAGGAAGUGGUUGAUCGUAUAUUAACUGGUUCCUCUAAGAAGUUAACGGGAGGGACGAAUCUGAAUACUGCUGACAAUGCUCUUCCCUUGAGUGAUGGACUUGAGAAGCUGCCUGCUGUUUAUCCUGAGAAGACACUGCCAAUUAUGCUUGAUUCUGUGCAGUUUAAAGGUGGGACACUUAUUCUACUAGCUUAUGGCGAUACAGAGCCCAGAGAAAUGAGGAACGUCCAUGGACAUGUUAAAUUUCAGAAUCACUAUGGUCGUGUGUACGUGCAACUUGGUGGAAACUGUACUAUGUGGAGAUCAGAUGUAACAUCUGAAGAUGGUGGGCUUUUGUCGGUUGAUGUUUUUGUUGAUACUGUAGAGCAGAAUUGGCAUGCAAAUUUAAAGGUCGCCAAUUUCUUUGUCCCGAUUUUUGAAAGAAUUUUAGAGAUCCCAAUUGAGUGGUCUAAGGGAAGAGCUACUGGUGAGAUUCAUCUGUGUAUGUCUAGAGGGGAAAUAUUUCCAAACCUACAUGGCCAGCUUGAUGUCACAGGACUAGGCUUCCAUAUAUAUGAUGCACCUUCUUCGUUUUCUGAUGUCUCAGCCAGCUUGUCUUUCCGCGGCCAGCGCAUUUUCCUUCAUAAUGCUAGUGGUUCGUUUGGAAAGGUUCCCUUGGAGGCUUCUGGAGAUUUCGGUAUUCAUCCUGAUGACGGGGAGUUUCACCUGAUGUGUCAGGUUCCAUAUGUUGAAAUUAAUGCUUUGAUGAAAACGUUCAAGAUGAAGCCCUUGUUUUUCCCGUUAGCUGGUUCUGUGACAGCUGUAUUCAAUUGUCAAGGCCCGCUUGAUGCUCCCGUUUUCGUGGGGAGUUGCAUGGUCUCUAGGAAGAUAGCUUAUAUGUCUCCAGAUCUCCCUGCGUCUGUGGCAUAUGAGGCGAUGCUGAAAAACAAGGAGGCUGGUGCAGUUGCAGCAUUUGACCGUGUUCCGUUUUCUUAUCUUUCUGCUAAUUUCACAUUCAACACUGAUAACUGUGUUGCUGAUCUAUAUGGUAUUAGAGCCACCCUUGUUGAUGGUGGGGAGAUUCGUGGAGCAGGGAAUGCUUGGGUAUGUCCAGAGGGGGAGGUAGAUGAUACAGCAAUGGAUGUAAACUUUUCAGGAAAUAUAUCUUUUGAUAAGGUUUUGCAUCGUUAUGCACCUGAAUAUCUUAAUCCCGCGCCGCUGAAGUUAGGUGAUUUAACUGGGGAGACAAAACUUUCUGGUGCCCUCUUGAAACCGAGAUUUGACAUCAAAUGGGCGGCACCUAAAGCUGAUGGCUCCUUAACUGAUGCCCGAGGAGAUAUUGUGAUAUCACAUGAUAAUAUCAUCAUUAAUUCAUCAUCUGUUGCUUUUGAUCUAUACACAAAAUUAGAUACCUCAUACAAAGACAAGUGUUUGUCUCACCAAGACUUCACUCAAGGAGAGGCUAUGCCAUUUGUUGUUGAGGGGCUUGAUUUGGAUCUACGUAUGCGUAAUUUUGAGUUUUUCAGCUUGGUCUCUUCCUAUCCAUUUGAUUCGCCGAGACCUACACAUUUAAAAGCAACAGGAAGGGUCAAAUUCCUGGGGAAGAUAAAACGACACAGCACUACAAAAGAUGGAGGCGUUGAAUCAGAUAAAUGUGAAGAUGCAGCUGCAAUUUCAAGCCUGGUUGGUGAUAUUUCCAUCUCAAGCCUUAAGCUGAAUCAGUUGACUUUGGCCCCUCAACUGGCUGGACUUUUGAGCGUCUCACGUGAUCAUGUUAAGCUUGAUGCCGUAGGGCGGCCAGAUGAAAGUCUCACACUAGACUUUAUAGGUCCACUACAGCCUAAUUCUGACGAAAACGUACAAAGUGGAAAGUUGCUCUCUUUUUCUCUACAAAAGGGACAACUAAGAGCUAACGCUUGUUACCAACCACAACAGUCUGCUACUUUGGAGAUACGCAAUUUUCCACUUGAUGAGAUGGAGUUGGCCUCGCUGAGAGGGUUGAUACAAAGGGCAGAGAUUCAACUAAAUCUUCAGAAGCGAAGGGGACAUGGCCUGUUGUCUGUUAUUAGGCCAAAAUUUAGUGGAGUGCUAGGUGAAGCUUUGGAUGUUGCAGUAAGAUGGAGCGGUGAUGUGAUCACCGUCGAAAAAACUAUUCUGGAACAAAGCAAUAGCCGGUAUGAGCUUCAAGGUGAAUAUGUAUUACCGGGUUCCCGUGAGCGAGACCUUGGUCAGAAAGAAGCCGGAAGUUUCUUAGUGAGAGCCAUGACUGGUCAUCUAGGAAGUGUUAUAUCUUCUAUGGGAAGAUGGAGAAUGAGACUUGAAGUGGCUAAGGCAGAGGUUGCUGAGAUGCUUCCUCUUGCAAGGCUUCUUUCUAGAAGUACAGAUCCAGCUGUUCACUCAAGAUCUAAGGAUCUUUUUCUUCAGAGUGUGCAAAAUCUCUGUCUACAAGCUGACAAUCUUCGAGACUUGCUUGAGGAGAUACGUGGGUAUUAUACUCCAGCAAGUGAAGUUGUUUUUGAAGAUCUAAGUCUUCCAGGUUUAGCUGAACUCAAAGGUCAUUGGCAUGGUUCGCUGGAUGCUAGCGGCGGUGGCAAUGGAGAUACCUUGGCCGAAUUUGACUUUCAUGGAGAUGACUGGGAGUGGGGGACUUACAAAACACAGCGUGUUCUGGCUACUGGCUCAUACAGCAAUGAUGAUGGUUUACGUCUUAAGGAGAUGCUUAUUCAAAAAGGAAACGCUACAUUGCAUGCGGAUGGGACUUUAUUGGGGCCGAAAACAAAUCUUCAUUUUGCUGUUCUGAAUUUUCCUGUUAGUUUGAUACCUACUUUGGUUGAGGUUGUUGAAUCAUCAGCUAGUGAUCUUGUUCACUCUUUAAGGCAACUCCUGUCACCAAUCAAAGGCAUUUUGCACAUGGAAGGGGAUCUUAGAGGGAGUCUUGAAAAACCAGAAUGUGAUGUACAAGUUAGAUUAUUGGAUGGUGCGGUUGGUGGUAUAGACCUUGGACGAGCUGAAGUUUUUGCUUCUCUGACAUCUAACAGCCGUUUUCUUUUCAACUCCAACUUUGAACCAUUUGUCCAAAAUGGUCAUGUGCAUAUACAAGGAAGUGUUCCUGUUAACUUUUCGCAGAAAAACAUCUCUGAGGGAGAAGACACAGAAACUGAUAGGGGUGGUGCAGUGAAAAUCCCUAGCUGGGCAAAAGAAAAGGAAGAUGAUGAGAAGAGAACCUCAAGGGAUAGGAGCGAAGAGGGAUGGGACAGCCAACUAGCCGAAAGUCUCAAGGGUUUAAACUGGAAUAUUUUAGAUGCAGGAGAAGUUAGAUUGGAGGCAGACAUCAAGGAUGGGGGGAUGACAUUGUUGACAGCCAUUUCUCCAUAUGCUAAUUGGCUCCAAGGAAAUGCUGAUAUCAGACUUCAGGUCGGCGGUACAGUAGAGAAUCCAGUGCUUGAUGGGUCUGCAUCAUUCCACAGGGCGUCCAUAUCUUCACCUGUGCUCCGUAAACCUCUAACAAACUUCGGUGGGACCUUACAUGUUAAAUCAAACAGGUUGUGCAUCACCUCACUGGAAAGCAGGGUAAGUCGAAGGGGAAAACUGGUUGUUAAAGGAAAUCUUCCCCUUAGAUCAAAUGAAGCAUCUGCUGGUGAUAGAAUAGAACUCAAAUGUGAAGUUCUAGAAGUACGAGCAAAGAAUUUUCUAAGUGGUCAGGUUGAUACUCAGCUGCAAAUUAGUGGAUCAAUGUUGCAACCAACUAUAUCAGGAAAUAUUAAAUUAAGCCACGGAGAAGCUUAUCUGCCUCAUGAUAAGGGUGGUGGAGCUGCCCCGUUCAAUAGAUUAGGAGCCAAUCAAUCAAGGAUCCCAGGUGCUUCUAUUAAUCAAGCAGUAGCGUCACGAUAUUUUGCUCGAUUUUUUGGUACUGAACCAACUUCUUCAAGGAUGAAAUUCUCCCAGUCAACUGGUGAAUCAAAUGCUGUUGAAAAGAAGAUUGAGGAAGUGAAAAUGAAACCAAAUAUGGAUAUCCGUCUGAGUGAUCUGAAACUUGUUUUAGGACCAGAGUUGAGGAUAGUGUAUCCUUUAAUUCUUAACUUUGCUAUUAGUGGUGAACUUGAGCUUGAUGGCAUGGCUCAUCCCAAAUAUAUUAAACCAAAGGGUAUCCUGACAUUCGAGAAUGGAGAUGUCAACCUUGUGGCUACUCAGGUACGCCUAAAGAGGGAGCAUCUCAACAUUGCUAAGUUUGAGCCUGAACAUGGACUAGAUCCUCUACUAGAUUUAGCUUUAGUUGGUUCAGAAUGGCAGUUCAGGAUCCAAAGUCGUGCCAGCAAUUGGCAGGACAAACUUGUGGUGACUUCAACUCGUUCUGUGGAACAGGAUGCUCUCUCACCUUCCGAGGCUGCAAAGGUGUUUGAGAGCCAAUUAGCAGAAUCCAUUUUAGAAGGAGAUGGACAACUUGCUUUCAAAAAACUUGCAACCGCAACGCUUGAAACCUUAAUGCCAAGGAUAGAAGGAAAAGGAGAGUUUGGUCAGGCGCGAUGGAGGUUGGUGUAUGCACCACAGAUCCCAAGUUUACUCUCUGUUGAUCCAACCGUGGAUCCUCUCAAGUCUCUGGCGAGCAACAUCUCAUUUGGAACAGAAGUAGAAGUGCAGCUCGGAAAACGUCUUCAGGCUUCCGUGGUUAGACAGAUGAAAGAUUCUGAGAUGGCGAUGCAAUGGACUUUGAUAUAUCAGCUCACGAGCCGCUUGCGUGUCCUUCUUCAAUCUGCACCUUCGAAACGAUUGCUUUUUGAAUACUCGGCUACAUCACAAGACUAAAAUGCUUUUUGGCUUCCUCUCUCGGAUUCAUAUGGAGGAGCCGUUUGUUGCAAAUGAAGGGACUGCAUGAUUUAGUGACUUUGGUCCAUUAUUGACAAGAAAAUUAUUUUAUUAUUUAGUCAGGUUCAUCUUUUGGCCUUCUACUUUUUCGUUAAAGAUGUAAAAAUUUCGUUGUAAAUGCUCUUUUGUUAUGGAAAUACGCAAGUUUCGUUGUAAAUGCUUAUUCGUUAGAAAAUAAUAAUUUUACU